GCAUUUGCAAACUAUCAACCAUGCAACCAGGCAAAUUGAAUGACAUAGUGAAACCACUCUGCUGGCUGAUGGGUACUUGGAAAUCAAUCAGUGCCAGAGUGAGCUAUCCCACAAUGAAGUGUCCAGUGGACUACUGCGAGAAUCUGGUGUUUGAAUCAGUGGGACAACCUUUACUGAAUUAUCAUUCCCUUACUUGGAACCCUAAGGAUAAGUCUCCAAUGCACUUGGAGUCUGGAUUCCUCAGGAUAGACCAGGAUGGUUGCAGUGUAUCAUUUCUUAUUGCCCAAAAUUUCGGGAUAGCCACAGUGGAAGAGGGCUGUGUAGAGGGCAGUAGUAUCUCCACCGAAUCAAAAUCGAUCGGCAGUACGAAUUUUAUUAAAGGUCAAGUAGUUGCCAUUCACAGGAACUAUUGCUUGAAUGAACAGGGUCAGUUGGUGUUCAAAAUGAAACUGCAAACACCCAAAGUACCCCUCACUGAUCACUUGCAUGUUGUUUAUGAAAAAGAGGAUUGUAAGCCAGAAAAAGAAUAAUGUACAGGUUGUUCUAUUUACUAUUGUAUAUUUAUUGCUGACUGAAAUAAAGAAGAAACGUGAUUUCAUGCAGAA